AUGCACCACGGUGACCUGCGGGACGAGCUGUCACGGCUCGCAGCGGGGAACGCGGCGAAGCUGAGUAUUUCGGGACCACCGCCUACGGCUGUUGAGGGGUAUCAGGUUGUUGGUGUUGAUGUGGAGGAAGGGAAGGUGAGGUUGAAGGAUGGGCAGGAGUUUAUUGCCGAUGUGGUUGUUGGAUUGAUGGGUUUCUCAGGCGCAGAUGGCACCCAUUUACUUGUCCGAAAGGCCAUGGUCCGCGGGCUUUCUCACAUGGUUUUGCACGGCGCCUCACCUUAUCGAUUUACGUUUCCGCUUAAGAAGAUGAGGGACAUCUUUGGAGGAUACCCGGCGGUGAUAGACCCGUCCAGCGAUGCGUUCCUGAACAUGACGACCGCCGACGAGCCGUCACCCAAAAACUCCAUCCCAAAAAGACAUUUGCUCACAGCCAAUGGACACGUCGGUCCGGGCCGAGCUGGACCAGAUGAGGCUGAACUGGACGUUCAACGGGAUCCACGCGGCUUUAAGUAA